ACCCUUUGGCAUAACGAACUGAGAGGACUCGGUGUCGUUGUCUCCCUCAAUUUGUCGUGCACGGAUCCGCGCGCGCGGGGUUUCGACCACCAUUGGAGACGAGCAGUUGGGUGAGGGUCGCACGAUAAUCAAACCGAACGGACAACAACGGCUGGAGGAACUGUCAAAGUGGCGCGAACGGAAGCAAAGCGCGCGGGACGGGGGUUAUUCAGUGGGGGCCGUUAGCUCGCGCCUCGGCCGGUCUGGCUGAUGAUGUUCGAUGGAAUGGAUGUAAUACGCGAAUCUUUCGCGGAUCGGCCGAGAUCAGUUUCUAGCAGUGAUCCUGGGCCUCGGGGGCAAAACCCGCAGAAAAGAGAUCAUUGUAUUUCAGUAUUGACUGGAGACAGUUCCUGCAAAAAGAAACAUUCAAAGAGACCAGGGUACAUGAGAAGAGAUGUUGAACAAAAGUUGCCUCACCCACCAUUUAUCAAUGCCCAGUAUAUAUCACCACAAGUUGAAAAUGAAAGAAAAACUUGUUCCAACUUGUCUUUUAAUAACAACAGACUGGUGGAAUGCCUAAAAAAUCUUAAGCACUUCAGGGACAUCAAAAUUGCUGAUCAUCAAAGUACAGCUUCAAAUCACAUGGCUGCUGAAAAUCCUGUAGUUGUGCCUUCAAAAUGGCCAAAUAUGAUGACAUCAGAAAACAUUCAGUGUUCUGAAUCUAACUACAAGUGUACUGAUGGCUGUGAUGACUCCUGUAACACCAGCAUUAAAACUUGCUCCAAGUGUUUUUCAUCUGGUUCUUUCCUGAAGCAGAAUACUUGCCUCACACAGAGUGAAAGGGAAAACAGUGUUGCUGUAAACAAGCCACAAGCUGUUGCUAGUACAAAGAAACAAGUAGAUAAUGAAAACUUACAAAAACUGCACCUUUGGGACACAGACGAAGAAAUACAUUCGAGUAAUGCCUUCAUUUCCAGCUUCAGUUUCAUACAAAUGUCAUUGAAUUAUCAUAGCAAUAAUACUAACAGAAAAGAUGAACUGCAGCAGAAAGAAUUUGUUUCAAAUUUACAGUUUCCCCAAACUGAACCACAUCUGAGACCGUAUCAAGUUAGUACUUUAGCAACAAAGCAAUUCUACUCCAAGCCUUUAAGGGAUACCGUUGAUACUCCUUGUCCACACUUGUGUCAAAGUGUUGACAUUAAAUGUGCCACAAAUACUGAGUCAAUGGGCAGGUCUCAGAAUUAUGACUCACUCUUAUUAGAAAAGGAUUUUUCGUUUCUGUGUCCAGUUGAUUAUUUUGAUGACUGCCCAGGGUCAGCUGUAACUUCAAGGCAUGAGAGCAACGUCACUGCCUUUGAUCAGAAAUGUAACUCCUUGAGGAAAUGUAAACAGACUCUUCAAGAUUGUCUGCUUGAAAACAGGAUGACAUUCAAGCUUCAGUCUUUGAUCUUAAAACCGAAGAACCUUCAGAAGAAAGUUGUAAUGGAAGAUGAUUUUGAGAAAGCUGACCAGUUCAACAAGAAAUUAGCUGAGUUGAAAAGAGGGAAUUCCUUAAAGUUCCAGUUACCUUCCUCCCAUCCUUGUAUUGCAAGAUUUGUGCAAGAAAUUGAACUUCAAGCUCAAGUUGUUGACCAUUAUAACAAUACAGGUAAUUUAGUGCAAAGUGUAGAAGAAAGAUUUUCAGAUUCAAAACCUGAUAAUCUACACAUGUCAUGGUCAAGGAAAAAACAGCUUAUUCAAGACAGACAGCAAUUACAGGAAGAAAUCACUGAUCUUAAAGGACAACUGGCAGUAUUGGAAGCUAAAGACCAUCAGCUUUGUGUAGAGAUAGAAGAAGAAACCAGACUCAUACAGUCGUAUGAUUGUGAACUUCCUUCUUUAUCGACUGCCUCAGUGAUUGAGUUACAAGAUCUGAAUAAGACCCUGAAAGAUGUUCUGCCAUUACGAAAUAAAAUCCUUUUCAAUUCAAAGCUUCCUGAAGAUGUAAAGAGGCUGCAACAGAAAGAACAGUCACUAAUCAUGGCUAUUAAGACAGCUACUGCAAAGAUUUUCAGUAGCCAAAAGCAAUGCAGCAAACUGAGCAGGAAGGCAAGUGAUAUUGAAAUGCAGCUUCCAGUUCUCUCAGAAGCCAAGAUGUUGGCAAUAUCGGGGCAUGAAUUCUCCACUGCAAAUGCCCUUGCUGAAGAGAUCAAAUCUUUGACUUCCAAGAAAAUAGGACUUCAAGAACUUAUCAGUGAUCUGCAAGAUUUUAGUAUUAAGAAGGCUGAACAAUUUGAAACCAUCAGGGAAGAGUAUAAUAGCCUGAGGGCUCAACUGGAACAAAGAGAAAAUUUAUUUGAGAAGAACCUGAAGGAAAAUAUUAUUAAAUAUAUGAAAGCCCUACAAGACAAGCUUUAUAAUUGUGGAAAUCAGGUGCUUGCGAAAGUGUGGGAAGCAGACUUAGAGGCCUGUCAACUCUUUGUCAAAAGUCUACAGCUACAAGAGGGAAGUUCCUGUGGCCCUGAAAGGGAAGAAUUUCAAGGAAAUGAAGACAGCAGUGCAAUUGAAGACGCAAGUAUAGAAGUUAAAGACACAAAGGACGCUGCCUUUCUAAGUAAACAAGAUUGGUGUGUGAAACAACGUUCUGUUCCUGACGAGAACGGAACUGAUUUGUCCAAGGUAACAAUUAAAAUUCUGUUUCAGAUUGUUAAGGAUACGCAGUCAGAGAUCACUUACAAGGAUUCUGCAGUGGACAUAGAAUUACAGUGUGAAACAAUUAGUCACAAAUUGCUCUAUUUGGAAGACCAACUGCACACGGCAAUGAACAGUCAUGACAAGAGUCUUAUUCAGCAUCUACAGAGACAAAUCCAGAUGAUAAAAGAAACCCUGCAGGCCAUGUUGAAACACCUUUUGCCUGUUGAAGAAGAAGAGGAGUUUGGAGGUUUUACAGUCAACAGCCGGUGACUAAGAAAGUAAUGAUUUGAAGACAGAUGUAUCUGAUGUUGGCAUAUGACAUUCCAUAUGACAACAGUUUGUUAACUGUGCAAUGUCUUGGCAAAUCCUGAAGUCAAAUUCAAUAAUCACAUGGUUACAAAAAUAUGAUGUGGUUACUAUAAUGCACUUAAUUUAGUUUUCAAAAGUUCAAAGGCCAGUGUUUAAAUUUAAUAGUUUAAUAUUUAUUGCCUUGUAUCUAUAACUGUUUUUAAUAUCAAUUUUAAGUAAGGAAGCUAUUCGUACAAUACAAUGCAAUACAGCACAGUAAUGGGCCCUCCAGCCCACCAAGCCUGCACUGAUUCCCAAUCCUUACUUAGACCCGCUACUUAUUGCCCUUGAGUGUUUUCUAUCCUUCUUUUUGCCUCCCAUCAUGUGUCUAUCAAGAUACACCUUAAAUGUUGCUAAUGUGCUACUUCUACCACCUGCACUGGCAGUGCUUUCCAGGCACCCACCCCCUUCUGUGUGAACGUUUUCCCCCACACUUCUCCCCUAAACUUUCCCCCUCCUUGAACCUGUGCUGUCUUGUAGUUGACCUUCCCGCUAUAGGAAAAGAUCUCUGACCAUCUACCUCGUCUAUGCCUCUCAUAAUUUUGUAGACCUCUAUCAGGUUUCACCUCAGUCUCCAACUUUCCAGUAAAAACAAUCCGAGUUUGUCCAACCUCUUCUCAUAACUAAAACCCUCCAAACCAGGCAACAUGCUGGCAAAUCUUCUCUGCACCCUCUCCAAAGCAUCCACGUCCUUGUGGUAGUAUGGCGACCAGAACUGCACAUAGUAUUCUACAUUUGGCCUAGCCAAAGUUUUGUACAUUUGUAACAUUACUUGCCAAUGUUUAUAUUCAGUGCUGUAUGCCUUCUUGACUACUUUAUCCACCUGUGUUGCCACUUUCAGGGAUCUGUGGACCGGUAUGCCCAGAUCCCUCUGUAUGUGGAAUUCCUGAGGGUUCUGCUAUUUAUUGUAGCUUUCAAAAUGCAUCAUCUCAAAUUGUCUCAAUUAAAUCCUAUUGUUCCUUUCUCUGCCCAAAUCUACAAUCUAUCUAAAUCCGCUGUACCCUUUGACAAUUCUCAUCACUAUCUGCAACUGCGAAAUUUUGGUGUCACCCACAAGCUUACUAAUCAGACUACCUACAUUUUCCUCCUGUACCUACACUGGCCCUAAACCCCACCUCUUCCUCCAUUACAUUGAUGACUGUAUCGGCGUCGCCUUGUGCUCCCAAGAGAAGCUCGAACAGUUCAUCCACUUCACCAACACUUUCCACCCCAACCUAGACCAUCUCCAACACAUCCCUCACUUUCCUGGACCUCUCUGUCUCCAUCUCAGGCAACCACCUAGAAACCAGUAUCCAUUUCAAGCCCACCGACUCCCACAGCUACCUAGAAUACACCUCCUCCCAUCCACCUUCCUGCAAAAGUUCCAUCCCUUGUUCCCAAUUCCUUCGCCUCUGCCGCAUCUGCUCCCAGGAUGAGACAUUCCACUCCCGCACAUCUCAGAUGUCCUCAUUCUUCAAGGACCGCAACUUCCCAACCGCAGUGGUCGAGAACGCCCUCAACCAUGUGUCCUGCAUUUCCCGCAACUCAUCCCUCACACCCCGUCCCCGCAAUAACCGCAAAAAGAGAAUCCCCCUCGUCCUCACAUAUCACCCCACCAACCUCCGGAUCCAACGCACCAUUCUCUGACACUUCUGCCAUCUACAAUCCGACCCCAUCACCAAAGACAUUUUUCCAUCACCACUCUUGUCUGCUUUCUGGAAGGACCACUCUCUCCACAACUCCCUUGUCUGGUCCACACUUCCCUCCAACCCCAUCACACCCAGCACUUACCCCUGCAACCACAGGAAAUGCUACACUUGCCCCCACACCUCCUCCCUCACCCCCAUCCCAGGCCCCAAGAAGACUUUCCACUUCAAGCAGAUGUUCAUCUGCACAUCUGCCGAUGUGGUAUACUGCAUCCGCUGUAUCCGUUGUGGCUACCUCUACAUCGGGGAAACCAAGCGGAAGCUUGGGGACCACUUUGCAGAACACCUACGCUCGGUUUGCAAUAAAUGACUGCACCUCCCAGUCGCGAACCAUUUCAACUCCCCCUCCCAUUAGAUGACAUGUCCAUCCUGGUCCUCCUGCAGUGCCACAACAAUGCCACCCGAAGGUUGCAGGAACAGCAACUCAUAUUCCGCUUGGAACCCUGGAGCCCAAUGGUAUCACUGUGGAUUUCACAAGCUUCAAAAUCUCCCCUCCCCCCACUGCUUCCCAAAACCAGCCCAGCUCAUCCCUGCCUCCCUAACCUGUUCUUCUCUCACCUAUCCCCUCCUCCCACCUCAAGCUGCACCUCCAUUUCCUACCUACUAACCUCAUCCCGCCCCCUUGACCUGCCCGUCCUCCACGGACUUACCUAUCCCCUCCCUACCUAUACUCACCUCUACAGGCUCCAUCCCCGCCCCUUUAACUUGUCUGUCCCCUCUCCACCUAUCUUCUCCUCUGUCCAUCUUUGAUCUGCCUCCCCCCUCUCCCUAUUUAUUUCAGAACCCUCUCCCCAUCCCCCUUUUCUGAUGAAGGGUCCAGGCCCGAAACGUCAGCUUUUGUGCUCCUAAGAUGCUGCUUGGCCAGCUGUGUUCAUCCAGCUGCACACUUCGUUAUCUCAUUUUUAUAUAUGCUGUUUUAUGUAUAAAAAUGACAAAAGUCCAAGCACCGAUCCCUGUGGAACAUCACUAUUUACUGAUUUCCAUUCGAAAAGCACACUUGCACUGUAACUUUCUGUCUUCAACAACCAAGCCAGUUUUGUAUCCAGUUGCCAGCUCACCCUGAAUCCCAAUUUGGUUUUGUCAUGCAAGAGACAAAGGUAGAAAAAUCAAAUCUAAUUUACAGCUUUCAAUGUGUCCUGUGCAGACAAUUGGAAACAUUUCAAAUAUUUCUACUGUUCUGAAAGGUAAACUUUUUUAAAAGGUGAAUCAAUUUUCGUUGUCAAAAACCCAAGAUAAAGUAGUGUUGUCUUACAUUCGUCAAAUCUUCGUACAGACAAAACGAAAAUAAAACAUUUUGCUGGAUCACGAAAGCUAGAUCCCUAGAUUGCAGCCUAAGGAAGAAGAUGGUGCAGGUGGUGCCAUAAAGAAUACAUUUUGGUAUAUUCAUAAUAUAUCUGCUACGUUAGCUUCAGGAUCAAAUAUUCAUAAAAUUGAGCCCAGUGCUGGGGCCAUAAUAUAAUGCCUGCAUGUAUCAAGGAGACACCACUUAGUCUUUUAUAACAGCCUGAAGAAUAUUCUGAUGAAAUUAGUAAAACUAACUUAUCUUGAAUUGUAAGUUCAGUUGUGAUGCACAAGGGCACUCUAUACAGAAAAGGAAGACUACAUUCGCUCCAUAUUUUAUAAAGUGUUUGCUUUUGGUCUGGUUUCAAGGCAAUUUCACAAUUUCUAAUAGAAGCAAAAGUUAUGAAUAGUGCUUCUUCAAGUGAUCCAGGCAGCGUUUAACAGACCAAUAUUCAUAUGUUGAAUUAGACAGCCGAAGACUGGCAGAGAUUUACAAGAGUAUUAUCAGAAAUUUGUAAUUUGCACCAACACUCGUUUCCACUUUUCUCUUCUGCAACCUGUCCAGAAGCCAACCUCGCUAGUGGGGAAAAACCCAGCUCUGUUCUUUUAUGAAUCACUACCAAGUCACCCAUGUCACAAGUUAAAAUAGCAAUCUACAAACAAUUGGAGAUAGCGAGGACUGCAGAUGCUGGAGUCAGAGACAACACACAGCGUGGAGCUGGAGGAACACAGAAGGUGUGGAAGCAUCAGAGGAGCAGGAAAGUUGAUGUUUCGGGUUGGGACCCUUCUUUAGAAAUACAGUGUGUACAAACAGUGUUUACCGGGGCAGUCAACAAUAACAAAAGGGAAGGAUAGUGAAAGAGGGAGGGGCUAUAUUAAAAAGGAGUUGAGAGGGGAAAUAAUAUACCCAAGUACCAUGGUAUUUGACUUUCUCUAAAUGCCUCAAGGGUGCAGAAGAACCUAGCUUUAAUUAUUUAGAAUUCUAUGGAUUCUGUGAUGAUAAUUAUUUAAUAAACCACCUCCACAUUACUCAUGUCACUGACUGAAUUAACAAACAUUGUCCCCGAGGGGUCUGGUUUACCUUUAAAGAAACCUGUGUUUCUAACACUGACAGUCAGCACCCAGAAUACUGGCUGCUGACAAAAGAUCCAUAUUUUCCACAUCAACACUGGAUGAUACCAGCCCUUAAUGUUGAAAAUUCAUUGUUAAAGCAAAAGUUAAUAGAGUAAACUGUUCUUGAGGCUACGAGCUAUAACAAGGGACAGAAUGUUUUGUUUGGCAAUGGGCAUUCAAAUUUGCACCUGUUUGGGUAUACUGUCUAUUCUCAUGAAAUUGAACAGUUGCAGGCUCAUGUCGUGCAUGUACAAGGAGCACAAUGAAUUUUGUGGCUGGAUUGGGCAAGAAAUCACAUUAGUAUUAUUACGUUAUGGGAUUAAAGUUCUUAGCACAGUAUCUAAAGGGAACCCAGACAGGCAUUCAUUCAUUCCUUGCAAGCCAGGAUUAUCACUUGGGCAGUUGGGGUGGACACUCUGUCUAGGGAAGGGUAGAAGGGCAUGCUCAUUACAUUCCAGCCUCCCUCACUUGAUAAUUCUCUGUUCCUAAUGCAUCAGUCCACAUCUUCCAACAAAUGAUGGAACUUGCAACCAAAAUUUCUAACUGGCAUCCCUCUGCACUGACACAUUCACAUUGCUUGAUACCCUUAUGUAUGGCACUUUGCAUGACUACAUGGUACCACUUACCAUUGGAAGUUCAGGAUGUUGUCAGUUUUUCUUUGCCCUUGUCCCAAGAUCUUGUAAGGACACCAGAGCCACUAACCUCUACUGUAGCCUCCACCCAGGUCACAUUGGUGAAGCAGAAAAGUCUCCUGCUGCCACCUGUGGGAAAUAGAACACUGUGGUCAGGUAGCCUGAGAGAGAAGAAACUGGGCUCUGAUAUGAGAUGCCAGCAGCUUCAGGGAUCCAGAUGGUGCAUGGAAAGGUGUUGACAGCAGUUAGUAUUCUCAAACUUUUUAUGAUAAUGAGAAUGAUGCACCUAGCUUGCAGAAAAUGAAUACUAUGUGCUUUUUAAGUAUGACACUUAAACCUUCAGCCCAGGGAAGUAUUGGCAGAGGUGUACACUCCCGGCCUAUUCGUUCUGCAAGAUUUGUUGGUUCCUUGACUGUGGGUAACUAGACAGCUGGCUGCAGUGAGAUUCACACAUGGCUAGCCAUCUACCUGCAAGCAAAGAUCUUGUGCACUUCCAGUUGUAUUGCCAACAAUGUUACAGUUACCAGACAAUUCCACCCUAAGCAUUGAGAAUGUUCUAUACCUAUAUAGUUGUGUGAUAUAUGUACAGGUGAAACAGGUGAGUUAAUAUUCUAUGAUCACAUUCAUCAAUCACAACUUUUACACAUAAUUCUUGAUACAAGACUAAGAAAGGAUCAGAUGAGCUAGUAAAUGGAAGAUGUACAAAAGAGGCAAGGCACAGGAAAUGUCCAUGUAAGUAAUUUCAAAGAAUUGAAAGGAAUCAGAUCAGUGGCUGCAGAUACCAAGAAAAGGGAGACAACAAGGGAAAAACAGUCAGAAGGAUGCAAUUGGAAUUUUUUUCCAAUUGUUAGAUCAGUCAUGAGCUGGGAAUAUUCUCUAAAUCGAUGACUCACCUGCUGCACCAUAAUUGCUGGACAGGUGGGAUUUGAAGUAUCAGAGCUAUUGCUGAUAGGUUUAUUGCUGCUUAGUGGGAGAGCAAUGCAGUUCUGCUGUAGGUUUUGGAAGUGUACCCCAUUUCUGCAAGAACAUCUGACAGAACAACAACUAGUUAAAGAAAGACUGGAACCUUUUUAAUGACCUCUGAUGUCCCAAAGAUGCAACACUGUUCUUGAAUUGUUGUGACUGACAUAAUAUAGGAAAUGCAGUAGUCAGGUUAUAAACAGCAAGCUCCCAUAAACAGCGAUUAAAUAAUGAGCACAUAGUCUGUUUAAGAGAUUGUUUGAGGAACAAAAUGUUGGACCAGACAGCAGGGAUUACGCCUCAGCUUUUCUUCAGAUAGUGCCAUGAGAUCUUUUAGAUCCAAUGAAGAGAAAUUUCAGUUUAAUAUCUCAUCUGUAAGGUGCAACACUUUGGUGCAUUGAGUGUCAGCCUAAGUUUUGUAUUCAAGACAUUCUUGAACCUAUUACCUUCUGACUCAGGCUAAAGUGCUAUCCACUGAGCCACAGAUUACAUUUAAGCAAUUCAAUAUUUUUGAAUAUAUGGAACUAGAAAAGAAAGACUAUUGUUCACUGACAGGUGGAGUGAGGCAUUGCUGUCAAUGUGAAGGAGCUAGUUGAGACAGCUCAGUCUGCACCACUCUUAGCACUGCUACAAAGUGGUAGAAGAAAGUGAUUAUCUCAGAGGGUGGGUGGUCAAGUUGAACUUAGACACUGGUACUAGUAAAGACUUUCUACUACUAAAAACCUUCACUCACCUGCUGUGGGAGAUUAGGGACAAAUAUGAGUGCCAUCUACACUCUAUAAAUUCAUGAAAUUUAUUAAACCAUUUAGAUUCCAUGUCCACCAUAAAUGCCAUAUGUCUGUUUUGUUCAUUCACACCCUCUUGGUCAGCAAAAUGAAAUAAAUGAAUAUUUUUGAGAGCUUAUGAUAAACUACUUAUUAAAAUUUUAUGGUGUUGUAACUAUUAAUAAAUUUCUGAAAAACCUUUCUGUCACAAGUAUUUAUAAUCCACUCAAAAUGUGUUUUCUAACCAUCGAUAAUCAUAUGAUAGGCAGCUCAAGAAUCGACAAGGAUUGACAGAUUCUUACUGUUAUAGAGAAGUAGUUAAAUUUGUAUAAUACGUAUUUGCAACUCUUAGAAUACAACUAAUUGUAAACUAUGAAAUUCGUUCGUGGACUACAGAAAUUAU